AUGCCACCUCGAGCUUUUGUCGUGAAAUGCCACUACUUCACUGAAAAGGAGCUACUCAUGAAGAAGGCAGAUGAAUUUGGAACAAUCACUACCCACGAUGGUGACCAUAUCCGUAUCCUGCCCGACUACACCCAGGCUAUCAAAAGCUACAUUACUAAAGACACACUUCAGUGCUCCAAAUUGAUGAGAGACCUUCAUUUCAUCACAAGACCUUUGAGCGCUGAGGAGGAGGCCUACCCGUUGGCGUUCAUCCUGACUGUCCACAAAGAGCUAGAGGUUUUAGUCCGGCUGCUGCGGGCCAUUUACACACCACAAAACGUUUACUGCAUUCAUGUGGAUGAAAAGUCUCCACCGGAGUACAAAGCCUCCGUGCAGAAUGUGGUGAGCUGCUUUGAGAAUGUUUUCCUGUCCAGCCGAAGUGAGACAGUCAUCUACGGGGGCUUCUCGCGCCUGAAGGCGGACUUGAACUGCAUGAGAGAUUUGGUCACAUCUAAAGUCAGCUGGAGGAAGGUGGUCAAUCUAAGCGGGCAGGAGUUCCCGCUUAUGAGCAGCCUAGAGCUGGUACGCCACUUGCAAGACAAAAUAUGGCAGGAACUGAACAUGACUCCGGGGAUAAAGCAGCCUGACUAUAUCAGGUGGCGGACCCAGUUUCAACACAAUGAGACCCAUGUAGAUUUUGUCAAGUCUAAAGUGAAGAAAGCCCCGCCUCCUCAUAACAUGCAAAUCUAUUUCGGUACAGCGUACUAUGCGCUCACAAGAGACUUUGUUGACUUUGUUUUGGAGAGUCCUCAAGCCCGCGAUCUCCUUGAGUGGUCCAGAGACACGUACAGUCCGGAUGAGCACUACUGGGUGACACUCAACCACCUCCCAGAGGCACCAGGUAGUAACGUCGCUGGUGGCUGGGAAGGAAACAUCCGGGCAAUCAAGUGGAAGGACCAGAGUGGCUGGGCACAUGAUGGUUGCAAUGGUCGUUACGUACGAUCAAUAUGCGUCUACGGAUUGAAGGACCUGCCGUGGCUAAUCAAGAAGGGGAGCAUGUUUGCCAACAAGUUUGAGAACGAUUUUGAGCCCGAGGCGCUUGACUGUUUGGAGCAGUGGCACAGGAACAAGCUGCUGAGCAGCGCCUCCGUUCCCAUAGAGCCAUCGUGGCUGCUGGCCACACGAGAGAAACCGUGA